GCCCAAUGACAUAUGAUAGCCGUAGGGAUCUAAUUUAUCAUUCGCUGGCACGCUCGGAUUAUUAUUAUUAUACUCACUACUUUACAUACGGUAUUGUGCUAAAUAUAGCGCGGAGCACGCGACCGCCCGAAGUUCCCGACACUCGGUGACACAUCCUGCCCCAUGAAUUCUGCACCAAUCGACUACUCGCCGGUGUCUUCGAUGGAUCUAGACGAAAUUUACUCGGAUCAGAACAAGCACCACCCUCUGCCAUGGGAGGACAAUAUGGGCAUGACAGUGACCUCUGGUCAUGUGGUCCUCAAGAAAGACACCCAGAACCUCAUCGGCAUCAGCAUCGGUGGUGGCGCCCCCCUGUGUCCGUGCCUGUAUGUGGUCCAGGUCUUCGACAACACGCCAGCGGCCAAGGAGGGCUCGCUGGCAGCUGGCGACGAGAUCGUCGGGGUCAACGGGCAGUCGGUCAAGGGUCGCACCAAGGUGGAGGUCGCCAGGAUGAUACAGUCCAUAAAGGCUGAAGUUACAAUCAACUACAACAAACUGCAUGCUGACCCUAAACAAGGAAAAUCUCUGGACAUCAUUUUGAAAAAAGUGAAGCACAGAGUGGUGGAAAAUAUGAACUCCAACACAGCAGAUGCCUUGGGCCUCAGCAGAGCAAUCCUGUGUAAUGAUGGUUUGCUGAAAAAACUGGAGGAAAUGGAGCGAACAGCCAAUAUGUACGGAGGACUGAUUGUGCAAACUCGGAAACUUUUGAAAGCGAUAUUUGAUUUGUCUCAGUCUCACAAAGCUUUUGGAGAGGUGUUUUCGGGUAUUGGUGUGAGGGAGCCCCAGCCUGCCGCCAGUGAAGCCUUCUCUCAGUUCGGAGAAGCCCAUCGGAACAUGGAGAAGUUUGCCAUCAAGAUGCUGAAGACUGUAAAGCCCAUGAUCAGCGAUCUGAACACGUUUUUGCACAAAGCAGUACCGGACACGAGGCUGACAGUGAAAAAAUACUUAGAUGCCAAGUUUGAGUAUUUGUCGUACUGUUUGAAAGUGAAAGAAAUGGAUGAUGAGGAGUACAGCUAUGCUGCGUUGCAGGAGCCGUUGUACAGAGUGGAGACUGGCAAUUAUGAGUACAGGCUGGUCUUGAGAUGUCGGCAGGAGGCCCGCACAAGGUUUGCGAAGAUGAGAUCCGACGUCCUGGUCAAAAUGGAGCUGUUGGAUCAGAAGCACGUCCAAGACAUCGUGUUCCAGCUGCAGAAGUUUGUGACGGCCAUGGCCAAGUACCACACGGACUGCCACAACGUCAUGAAGACGGCGGUCGUCUUCCCCAUCGAAGUAGACCUGUCCAGAGGCACCUUCACCUAUGACACGGCCAACAAUUUCAAUGACGGGGAGGACGACGACGACGAAGAAGACGAUGACGAUGAGAUGAUUGGACAAGAAUUGGGUGCUCAAGGCGAUAACAUUCUCACGGGAGACUUAUUAAAUUAGAAUAUGAAAUUACCUAGAUACUGCAGUUGAAUCGGGUUUUGAUGACGACUUGUAUUUGAUGAUAGUAUUUUAAAUUUGAAGGUGAGGUCUGAAUUUUUUUUGUCACUAAUGCCUACCCUCAACAUCAGACCAGAACCACUCGUUGUAUGAUGUUUCAGGAUUCUCCCUUUCUCUUGUGAUAGUGUGGAAUGAUUGCUGUAUGUAGUUUGACCGAGAGUGACUUUUUGUUUACUGUAUGUUGAUUGUAUGGUCCAUACAUUGCAAGUUUGGGGUUUUUGCUUCUAAAAGUUUGUAACACUUCUAUAAUGUAGGAGUUUUGGCCUACACAGUCCGUCGUUUUCUGGAAGAGAUGUUGUAAUGUGAUGUAUUUAUUGUUCUCUCAAGCUGUUUAUGUAUUUAAAAUUGGUAAGCAUACUGAUACUCAGUAUCAACUGCAUGGCCUGUUGCAAUCUCAUUGUCCUUUCCACAAGUCUUAGAUGUUUUGAUUUGAUUUUCAGGAAGUUUUCUUUAGCAAGAUCUGAAGAGUCUGCUGAGUUGUAAAAUGUGUGACUGGUGACAUGAUCUGUAGUUGUUCAAUGCUGUCCCAUUCAAGGGAUUAUCCUCGUUUGCUUUUAUUUUGCAUAAUCUUUGAAAUGCAACAGGAAUGUAAGAAUGUCUGUGUGUCACAUUUUGUUUCAUCACGAAGUGCAUAAGUACUGAUGUAUAAAGAAUAUACACUUUUUUUUUGGUUGGAAAUAUGUUUUUAUUGUAUCCAUCAAUUUAACUGGUUGUGCGUGAGUAUACAUGUGGUGGAAAACAGAAUAGGCAUUAUGUAAUGAUUUACAAUGUGUUACGUUAGAGUCUUUUGAUUUAUGACGGGCACAGAUAACAUGAAUACGCAAACUUCGAUAUCACUGAUAGCCGGUACAAUAGGCCAUUUCCCAAACUGAAAUGCUAUAUUUUCUUUGUAUUGGCAACACUGUUUUCUCAAACACCUGAAAGGAUUUGUCGAACAGCUCGUCUCAAAAUGCUUCAUCACAUUUUCCGUACAAAUUGUCUGGAAUUUAAAUUGCCGUGCAUUCAUGAUGGAAAAUAACACACCCAUCAUCGUCAGGAGUAUCGGGUUACUAGGCUCGUUCCCGCACAGUGCUGGUAUCGAGAUUCCUCAUCACACAUUACCUGUGGUAUGCAUUAAGGGACUAGAACUAACGUGAAUCUAGUGCUGUGAAGGGGAAAUUUGGGUGGUGGGGUAUGAUCGAAGGUAGACAAUGUGGCAAGGUAUGAUCGAAGGUAGACAAUGUGGCAAGCGUUGGGCUGUCUGGUGUGUGAAUUACUAGAGGGGUGGGGGGCUUGCUUUGACCAGUGCUGAUUAUAUCGUUAUGAUCAUUGAUUGUGAUCUAAUGUAAGAGUAAGAGCAGUUUUAUAUAAGUCGUUGGGCUAAUCAGCAGUGUGCUAUUCAAUUCUCUUGCUGCGACACCGAGCAAGGAGCAGAUACGAUCCAUCUCUCUACACUUUAAUCGAUACCUGAUACUUUUCGUGAUGGCAGAGAAAGGCAUACUUAAUUGUCUGAGUCUGACAAUAGAAGCCAAGUGUCAGAUUGUAGCAGAGGUGGACAAGAAGUCCUGCACUAAGGUGGACAUUUGUAAGGGAUUUUAUAUCCCAAAUCGACAUUUUCCAUGUUUCUAAAAAAUCUAAUUGGAAACGCCCGCAUUGGAUGUCAACCUGAUGGAAAGCAAGUGUACUUGUUUUAACCCAAUGGACCCGAGCGUGCGCGUUUUUUACCCUUCUACGCACAGAAUGCUCUUCAGAGAUUUCUGUUUGAAUCAAAAGUAUGUGUUUUGUGAAUUAUUUCUUCUUUUUUUUAAUUUCAAAAUUUAAAAAGUCCAUUCUCUGCAUUCCAGUAUCGGCAAGAAAAGGGAGAUUGGUUCAGAAUGUCUUGCAAUUUUUUUUUGGUCAGUUCUUCUGACAUUCCUUUUAGAUCUGUGAUGUGAAGCUGUGACAUUUUUGUGUUUAUAGGCUCACUUGGUUGUGUUCAUUUGAGUAGAAUAUCAUGGACUGAAUCUUUUUUGCUCUUUCUUUUUGCCAAAUAAGUGGAGAGUAUAAUAGUUUGAUGAUGUCUCUUGUCACUUUUGAUUCUCCUUUUAUUUCCUUUAAAGUCAAUGUUUUUUCGUAGCCGAUGGUUUUGCCUUGCUACCAACAGCACCUGUGCUGAGAUAGUUUUCUUCUUCCAAUCUCAUUUUAUUUGUUUUAUUGUAAUAUUACUUACAUAUUAUUUACCCAUCGAGUACAUAUUAUGUUUUUUCGUUAACCAUUUUGUUAAUUAAUUUAGGACUUGAGAACUUUUUUGCAUACAGUAUCCUCAGUUUUAGAUUGUACUAUGGAAAUUGAUUUUUUCCUUCGACAUGCAAAAGAAUUUGAUAUGUGAAUUCCAUUUUCUAUUUUAGUCUUUGAGACCUAACAGUGGACAUGUUUUUUUACAACCUGAAAUAAAUAACAUUCCCAAUCUAAAACAAACACCAUUUUGUUCUCAUCAGCUACAAGUCAUAAGUUUUAUUUUGCUGUGGAAGUAAUGAUGUACAACAUGUUUUUAAUCAAAGGUUUGUUGUAUGGUAAUGAAAUGACUGCAGAAGGGAAAUGUUUUUCUCAUGAACUUGAGGUGAAAGUUGAUUCGUAUCCACUAAUGAUAUAUGAUUAUGUUCAUUCCAUUGAUUAUAGUUGAGAGUGUGAUCUUUAAUUUAUUGAUCUAUUUUAAUCAAUACAUGUGCAAUAAAGGUUAUGUGAUGAUUAAGA